CUCCAAAGGCUAGCCUCGACAUCUCCUGGCGUCCAUGAACAAUCUCUGAUGCGGGGGAAGACGGGGAGAUUGUAAGUCAAGGUAGGUGUGGGUGAUUGACAGUUCCAUCUCAUCACUCCUCCACUCCCUCCACUCCCAAAGACCUCCUCGAGUGCCAGAAUGUCCUACACAGCCAAGCACCUAUCCACAGGCGCCCAAUACCAACGCUCUUCCAUCCUCAUCAACCCCCAUCGUCAAACCACAGCAACACCGCAUGACCACCAAAAGGCGAACCCAGAUCUCGACUCUUUCCACCGCACACUCCCUCACGCAGGAGAAACAACCCUCCACAGUCUCCCAUCCCUAGCAACCUCCCUCGGCCUCUCCCACGUCUUCGUCAAAGACGAAUCCACACGCUUCGGCCUCCCCUCUUUCAAAAUCCUCGGCGCCUCAUGGGCCAUCCACCGCGCCGUGUGCGCCCAACUCGCACUCCCCACAUCCCUCUCGACCACAGACCUCGCAGCCAAACUCCAGCAGCGCAACGAGCACAACGUGCGUCUCGUCACUUGCACCGAGGGCAACUGGGGUCGUGCCUGUGCUCGGAUGGCGAAGUACUUGGCCAUUCCCAUUACGGUCUACGUCCCGGCUUUUAUGAACGAGUACACGCGAAACUUGAUCCGCGGUGAGGGUGCGGACGUGAGGGUAUUGGAGGGCGGGAGUUACGACGAUGCCAUUGCUGCUGUGCAGAAGGACUCAGAGGCUACUGGUGCAACGAUGGUGAUGGAUACGAGUUGGGAGGGGUACACCGAAUUCCCUCAAUGGGUAACCGAAGGAUACAGCACCUGCCUCAACGAAACCGACCGACAGAUCGCAGCCCAAACAAACAACAAACCCGCCACACUCGCCAUCGCCUCCGUCGGCGUCGGCUCCUGGGCCCACGCCGUAGCAUCGCACUACACAACCCUCAACCCCCCAACAAAAAUCAUAACCGUCGAGUCCGAAGCGGCGCCCAGCUUCAAAGAAAGCCUACACAGCGGCCACAUCACGCCUCUCGAAACGGGAGACACAGUCAUGAACGGCAUGAACUGCGGCACGACGUCGCUCAGCGCGUGGCCUGUGCUGCGAGACGGGGUGUACGCUGCGGUGACGGUGACGGAUCGCGAGGCGCAUCGGGAGGUGCAGUUUUUGCAGGCGCAGGGCGUGAAUGCUGGGCCUUGUGGAGCGGCGACGUUGGCGGCGCUGAGGAAGGUGUGUGCGGAGAUUGAUGUCAAGGAGAUGCGGGAAGCGGUGGUGGUGUUGUUUAGUACAGAGGGAACGAGGGAGUACGAAGUCCCGACGUGACUUUUUCACGAAUCGAACGGUGGAAUGAGAACGGCAUCGUGGACAGUGUAAUUGGUUCGGCUUCGCGCUCGAGACUGUCGAUUGCUCAUCUGUACUCAAGAAAGCAAAGCUAUCAGCAAGACGCCUACAGAAGUUAU